GCCAAGCCCAAUCUGAAGAGGAAAGAGUAGUACUCAGCCUUAACGAAAGAGAAAGAGUUUGUCCCCCUCCCCGGCGGGCACUGUAACCCUCUCUCGCUCUUUUGCAAUUUUCACCGGCGGCGACGGUUUCUUGGACGCAAGGUGGUUAAGGUUUUGAUUGACGUGAUUAAGUUAUGGAGAAUUCCGGCCAAGAUCCGCAGCAACCACUUCCUCCCGGUGUUCAUUUUUUGACUUCAAACUCUCCUUCUCAUUCUCAAACCCUUAUAACUUCAAACCAUUUUGUUAAUGCUACUCAAUUCAACAACAACAUUAAUGCCGCUGUUCAAGAUGCUGUUUUGCGUGAACAAGAACUUGCUACACAAAAUAUCAUAAGGACUCAAAGAGAGGUGAGAAAUGUGGCAUCACCUACAAAGGAUAAUUUAGACCUAUUCUCCGAACGGCGUGACCCUAAUGCUUUGAAGGAACAUCUGUUGAAUAUGGCCACAGAGCAUAGGGCUGAAAUGGUUGUGAAGCGUGGAAAAGCUGCACAUCCAGAACAAGGUAACACAGAAAUAGGUAACGGAUAUGGUGUACCCGGUGGAGGUGCCUAUAAUGAUGUUGCCAAGCUUAACACUGAUACUGGUAACAAUGCAUUCGGUCAGCCUGAAUCUAAACUUGUUAGAUGCUCUGAGCAGAAAACUGCAGCUAAAGAAUUGCCUGAGUACCUCAAGCAGAAGUUAAGAGCUCGGGGUAUUCUUAAAGAUGAUAGACACGCUGAAGAACUUAAAGGCACUUCAGCAGAAGUUAGGGGAGAUGAAAAGUUGGCUCCAGGAUGGGUGGAAGCAAAAGAUCCGGGAAGUGGUGCAUUUUAUUAUUAUAAUGAAAGUACCGGGAAAAGUCAAUGGGAAAAACCCCGUGAAGCAUCCUUAACUGAGCAAUCAACACCGUCUUUGCGUCUUCCAGAAAAUUGGGUGGAGGCGUUGGACGAAACAACAGGUCAUAAGUAUUACUACAAUACAAAAACUCAUGUAUCACAAUGGGUGCAUCCUAAUUCUGCUCAGAAAGUGGUGUCAGAUCAAUUGGUUUCGUCAGUUGGUCAUGUGGAUGACCAAUCAUCUAGUUCACCGAGGUGCAUGGGUUGUGGUGGAUGGGGUGUAGGCCUUGUGCAAUCAUGGGGUUACUGCAAUCACUGCACGAGAGUUCUCAAUCUUCCACAAAGUCAGUAUUUGUUCUCAAGCUUGAAUAAUCAGCAAAGCAGUGCUGCACAUCCCAUGGAAAGUUCUGAUAAAACGGCUAGCAAACCGAGGGCCAGCUGGAAACCUCCAAUUGAUAAGGGAGGUAAAAAAUUGGGCAAGAAGCGCGCUCCUGAAGAGGAUGAUGAGUUGGAUCCUAUGGACCCCAGCUCCUAUUCAGAUGCUCCACGUGGUGGCUGGGUGGUGGGUCUGAAAGGUGUGCAGCCACGAGCAGCUGACACAACAGCAACUGGUCCACUGUUUCAACAACGACCAUAUCCAUCACCUGGAGCCGUUUUACGAAAGAAUGCUGAAAUUGCCUCUAAAAAAAAGAAACCGAAUUCAAGUUUUACUGCCAUAUCCAAGAGGGGUGAUGGUAGUGACGGGCUUGGUGAUGCAGACUAGUACCAAUACGGUUCACCUUUGUCAUGCUAUUUUUGCUAAGCUGAGGAAAUGUAUCAAAUACAUUUUACUCUAUUAUUUGUAAGUUAGCUAAGGACAUAUUCCGUUGGCAAAAGUAGCGUUGCUGUUGUGCAAUAAUAUUCUCUCGCUUUUACUGCGAAUACUGGGGAAAGCAUCGUUUCAAUGCUGUAACCGAGCGACUGGACAGAAGUUUUAUACCACAUAACUGGUGUUGAUAAACUUGGAGCAUUCUGACAAGUGAUGGUAAAACUUGCACUUGGUACGACCCGAGAACAGUAUGUUUUUUCAUGAAUUGAAAGUUCAAGUGGACAUAAAGAUUGGGAAAGAAAGUAAAUUCCGCACCUUUCAGAAUUUUCAAUGCUCUUUUCUUUAAUCACAUUAUGCAAGAAAUAUAUUUUUCAUGAGUUUUAUGACGUAGAUGUAGUCCUGAACUUUUUUGCCUUCUGGAGAAACUUGUAUUGUAUAACACCUUAUUUCCUCUCUGGGAAUUUCCUGAGAUUUCAUAUUUUGUUUUAUUUAGAUGUGACAUAUAUCUUAUUUAAAGGAAUUCAAGGAAUAUAGAUGUUUAUAUGUUUAUAUCUAAUUAAGAUCAUUUUGAUGAGUAUGUGGUUAGGAACUGUAAACUUGAUCAUUGUUGGUGUCGUGAGACUUCAUUCCAA